AUAAACCUAUUGGAAAAUUGGCGGAAGAAGAAGAUGAAGACGAAGGAAAGAAGGAAAGAAGACAUGAGUUAAAUCUAUUUGAUGUGUCGCAAAAUUGCGGCAAACAAAUCAUAGAAAUGAAAAGGACAAUGCAAUGGCGUUGUCUUUCUCUCCUUCUCAACUUCGAUUCACCAUUCACCGAGCUUCUAAAUCCGCCAAACAGCUGCUUUACCUCGCUCUCAUGGCUCACAACCACAGUUUUGCCGGUGAGGCGGAACAAGAUUACAUCUCUAAUGGCUAUCAAAGCUUCAUUGACUGUGAGAAGCCGCCAAACCUGGUUGAUUUUGACCUCGUUGCUCAGAUGCUGCGGAAUGGUUCUUUUUCCAAUCCUUACUUUAUCAACAAAGUCGUCUCCUUCUGUGCGAAAUCCGCUUAUAAAGAUUUGGGUAUUCAAGUCCAUUGUACGAUUAUCAAAAUGAGUUUUGCUUCAAACGUGUAUGUAUCCAGUGCUGUCGUUGAUAUGUACGCCAAGUGUGGGGAAAUUCGUUGUGCUAAAAAGAUGUUCGAUGAAAUGCCUCAUCGAAAUGAAGUUACUUGGAAUUCGUUGAUAUCUGGGUAUCUGAAUGUCAGUUGCCCGCAAAUGGCUGUUGACUUGUUUGUCGAGAUGUUAAGAGAGAUCAGAGCUGUGACACCAUUUAGCGUUUCAGCUUGUCUUGUGGGUUGCUCGCACUUGGAGCCAAGGGAACUCGGGGCUCAGGUUCAUGGGCUGAGUGUGAAAGCUGGAUUUGGUUACAAUGUUGUGGUGGGGACUGCUUUAAUUGAUAUGUACUCAAAGUGUGGCAAUGUCAACGAUUCUCGGAGGGUUUUUGAUCAUAUGGUGGAUAAGAAUGUUGUUACUUGGACGUGUUUGGUUACUGCAUAUGCACAUAAUGAACAACCUGAUGAAGCUAUUAUGUUGUUCAUAGAAAUGACUCGUUUGGGACUUGAGCCAAACUAUGUGACUUACAACAGCCUGCUAAGUUCAUUUUCUCGUCCUAAACAUCUGGACUAUUGCAAACAACUUCACUCUUGUAUAAUUCGACAUGGUCUUGAGUCAAAUGUGUAUAUAGCAGCAACUCUCCUCACUGUGUAUUCGAAGUGUAGCAACAAUGUUGAGGAUUUUAAAAAGGUAUGUUCAGGUGUUACAUCAAAUGACCACAUAUCAUGGAAUGCAUUAAUUGCUGGUUUAUCCAAUUUAGGAUAUAGUGAGGAUGCCCUCAAUAGUUUCUUUGAAAUGAGGCAGGCUGGCAUCAGCGUGGACUUCUAUACAUUUACAAGUAUGCUGGGAGCAAUAGGGAAUAUUUCAGCCCUUGAAGAGGGAAGGAAAAUCCAUGGUCUUAUUGUAAAAAUGGGAUUCAAUCAAAAUUUGUUUGUUCAAAAUGGACUAGUUUCCAUGUAUGCGACUUGUGGUGCUAUCAAUGAUUCAAAGAGGGUGUUUUGGUUGAUGGAGGAACGUGAUGUGAUAUCUUGGAAUGCACUUCUAACAGGAUGUGCUCACCAUGGAUGUGGUGAGGAGACUAUCAAAUUGUUUGAACAACUGAGAAGAACCAAGAUUAAACCUGAUAGCACCACCUUUCUUGCUGUGUUAUCAGCCUGCAGCCAUGCUGGUUUUGUUGAUCAGGGACUUGAGUACUUUGAUUUGAUGAGAUGUCAUGUUUCAGUUGAAUCUCAUAGUGUGGAGCAUUAUGCUAGUGUUGUUGAUAUUUUUGGUCGGGCUGGGUAUCUAAAUGAAGCUGAAGCUGUCAUUAACAGCAUGCCAAUAGAUCCUGGACCCUCGGUUUACAAAGCUCUUCUUAGUGCUUGUUUAGUUCAUGGAAAUAGAGAGAUUGCUGCACGUUCUGCAAAAAAGCUUCUGCAGCUGUGGCCUAAUGAUCCUGCAACAUACAUACUGCUUUCAAAUGCGUUGACAACAGGAGGCUGUUGGGACAAUGCCGCAGAUGUACGGAAACUAAUGUUUGAUAGAGGAGUGAGGAAGAAGCCAGGAUAUAGUUGGAUUUAAAAUAAUGGAGAAGUGGUUCUAUUUUGCAAUAUUAAUCACUUAACGAUGCGGCCUGUCACUGCGUGGAAGAUGAUGCUAUAUCCAGUUUGUAUUUGCUGGUGCAGGACUUGACUAUUUGGUUGUCAAAUGUCAGAAUGGAUUGAGUCAACUUCAAAUCUUUCAAAUCUCUAUUCUUUUGGUUCUGUAGAGGCAGAUCAAAUCCUUCUGUAGAUUCUCUUAUGCAUGAUAAACCUCUGGGGGCUCGAAAAUUUAUAUCAUGUGUGAUACAGUACAGAUGUAAUCCUUUGGUUCAUCUAUUCUGAGUUCCACUAUCAGAAUAGAAGAGUAACCAUGAUUUUCUGGGCUCCCGCAACAUCUUUAUUGGGAAGUGAUGAGUUACCAACCGAUCAUCAAAACAGCUCCUGUUGUCAUUGGUUUCAUCAUAUGGUGGACUGCUAAAUUCAAAUAACACCAGAAUAGGCACGCUCUUGUUCCGAAGAGCUAAUACUGGAAAUUAUGAGGAGAUCCAAGAUGGUCACCAUGCGCUACGCAACUAUUAGGGAAGGAAGAAAACAUGGAGGAUGACCAUAUACCACAUACAAAACCAGUCCUUGCCAAAGUGAAGGAGAAGCCCGGAAAUGCGAUAUACUCUAAGCAAGAAGAAGCACAAUAAGGAUGAUAAUACUACAUCAUGGGGUGUUAGCUUGCAGGAUGAUGAUGACUAUUGGGUACAAGGAGACAGCUAGACAGCAUCCAAGAGCGCUUCCUGUGAUAUCUGAGAAGCAUAUUUUAACAAGCCAUUGCUCCGGAGAUUGAAGCACGAGCAUCAGAAUUAGAACCAGAAUAAAACCUGGCCGCAAAAGCCUCAUUAGCACCAAACGUUACGGUAAGGACAUCAAACCCACCAGCAAGUCCUAAAGCAAAGGCAUUAACCCCACCAGCAACAGCUGCAAUUGGAACAAAACUAGCAAAACAAGCCCCAAAAGGAAAAGGCUGCACCAAUCUCGGCACCUGCAGCAGUAACAUCUUGUAAUGAUCCUGGUAUUGAAUGGGAUAAAAGAGUCUCAACAUCUCGUAAUGAUCCUGGUACCGAAUGGGAUAAAAGAGUCUCAGAGAAGGAGUAUAUAAUGCAGGAACUGGAGCCAGGAGAGGAUGAAAGAGCUCUUUCUCAAGUUAUAUCUCAGGCAGAACAACUCCUGGUGAUGCCAGUGUGGUGGAAACAGAAUGACGAGUCUUCCCCAAAUGCAGUUCAUCAUUGGGCUCAGAACUCUUCAUCACAUAAGUACAUGAAAUAUAUUUUAUUUUUCUUUUCAUGGAAACCUAUCAAAUUAUCAAGGGAGCACAAACUUUUUGGUUAUUUGAUCAAACUAAUUACUUGUCUCUUCA